AUGGAGAAUUCUUACCUUUUUGACGAUAUGUCGUGUGUGUUAGAAGAAACCAAAUGUAGUGUCGAUAGGGUAUGCAAAAACAAAAGGCAGCUUUAUGACGAUGAGGACGACGAUGAUAACGAUCAUCAUGAUGGAAAAUUCAAGUCCAAGAACCUUUUCGCUGAAAGAAGAAGACGCGAAAAGCUCAAAUCAAGGAUGCUAGAAUUACGAUCCGUGGUUCCAAAGAUAACUAAUAUGAACAAGGAAACGAUCAUAACUGAUGCCAUUAGUUACAUUAAGGAGCUUAAGAUUUCUGUCACGAAUCUUGGUAACACACUUCUCCAAAUGGAAGCAGAAAUGCCAAACCCGCAGCCGCCUUACGAGGCUGUCCAAAUAAUUCAACCCGUGGAAAACAUGAAAAAAUGGGGCAUACAGUCGGAAGUAGUGGUGACAAGUAUCGAUGAGAAUAAGAUGUGGAUGAAGAUAGUAUUGGAGAAGAAAGUAGGAGGAAUUACGAAACUCAUUGAGGCAAUCGGGCUGCUCGGGAUUCAACUUGUUGAUACUAGUGUUACCACCACCAAAGGGGCGGUUCUUCUUACUUCAAGCAUUGAGGGAGCACAUGGUCAUAUGCUUGUUGCUGAGCAGGUUGAGCAAGUAUUAACUGAUAUUAUUAAAGUGAUACAAGCCAAAUAA